CUACCAUAAAACUACCUGACUAUGGUCCGAUACUAUAACUUUGGUCCAAAGCUUCAAUAUAUAAGUGAAUAAUUUUUUUGUUGUAUUUUUAUUCGCCUAUUUGAGUGUCCCACUCUUAAGUGACAGUUCCCUUCAUUAGCUCUUUCAUGGAGUAUCUCUUCCAGGCAUUAUCAACCUGGCGUUCGACCUCCUGCCUGUUGCUGAAAUAGACUAAAUGGCCCAAGUAAAUAUACUUGUCAACAUAAUGCUAGUCUACCUAUUCUACCCUAUGUUUCCGGCUGUUGGUCAUUUGUUUCUUUGCACGAUUCAAAUGAAGCCAACCUGAACGCUUGCGUUAUUUAAGUUUUGGAGCAUUUGAUUUUUUGAUGCAGAAGAGGCAUAAGAGAAACGUCGUCGGCGAAACGAAGGUUUGAUAACCUCUUGUCGCAGACGACUAUUUUCCUAGCCUCCCAGAAAACCACCAGGCUCUUAAAAGGAUGCUAGUGAAUAGUUUUGGACACAGCGGAUCACCUUGUUUGUCACCUUUUAUAGGGAACGACGGGCCGAAGUACUGAAGCUAUAACGUCUGCUGUACUAUUUUUUUCCUGUAUAUAUUUUGAAUUAAGUUGAUAUAGGUAGGGUGGGAGUUUGAAUUUGAAGAGCGGUUACUAUAGCAGAAUGGAUGAUGCUAUCAAAUGCUUUAGUGUAAUCUAUAAAAGAUAUAUUUUGACGACCGGUUUGGCCUAGUGGGUAGUGACCCUGCCUACGAAGCUGAUGGUCCCGGGUUCAAAUCCUGGUAAGGGCAUUUAUUCGUGUGAUGAGCAUGGAUAUUUGUUCCUGAGUCAUGGGUGUUUUCUAUGUAUUUAAGUAUUUAUAAAUAUUUAUAUAUUAUAUAUAUCGUUGUUUAAGUACCCUCAACACAAGCCUUAUUGAGCUUACUGUGGGACUUAGUCAAUUUGUGUAAUAAUGUCCUAUAAUAUUUAUUUAUUUAUUUAUAUAUGAUAUAAGUUUUAAUUUUAACUUUUCAAUGAUUUGGUUGAUUGUAUGGUGGUGAUCGAUGGUGGAGAACCCAGGUCGAAAGCCAGCUUGGUUAGGGGGUAGGCGUUGGUCGAGUUGCCCGGCAAUGCGACACUCAAUGAUUUUAAUAGUUAUUUUGUAAAUAUGGGAACCAGACUGAUUGACUGAAAUGUACCAAUAUAUAUCAGCAGUCAAGCAGUUGAAAUACAUUGUGUACCUAGUCAUAGUCCGACUAUUCUAACUCUUCACCAAUUCCGCAGCGACAAAAUCUGGGACCGCUACGAUAAAAAUCAUAUUUUUAUACAUUUUUUUUAGUAAAGCCUUAAUGUUUCCACAAACUUCGAUUUGGUGUCGCACAACCCUACCAGCAGUAUGAGAGCGUUCCCGUGUCGCGCCGCCGUGACAGCUGCGCGGAAUCGCGGAAAUCAUCGCGCUCACGACUCACAGCACUACGCCUAAUUACCGUCCCAGGAGACGGGAGACGGGUUUGACGGAUGUGGCGAUAAAUGUUCACUUGUUUACGACUCCAGUAGGCCAAUCUAACGUACAUUUGACAUCAAAAUGAUAUAAUUCGCGCGUGCAUUUCGGUUGUACUUGUCUGUACGUGUACGACGAGCAAGACGCACGGGCGAAUGAUCACAAAGAGACAUCAUUUAGAUAUCAUCAUUAACAUUUUCCAGGUAUAAUAGUCUCACUUUUGAAAGAAACUUGGUAUCACACAACUGGCUGAACUUCAAGAGCGUUCCCAUGUCGCGCCGCGUGUUGGUAUGGGGACAUGGUGUCUUUCAAUAAUAUAGAGUCUCUUCUUUAAGUACCGUCUUUAACGCAGUUUGGCAAUCGUCGAUGCAAUUCCAACGUUCAUUACAGCUUAUAUUAAGCUUAUCGAGCCCGAUAUGAAUGCAACAACUGCUAGAGAUAUGUCUUCUUUAUUUAUUUCUUUAUUUCAGGUAAACAUCUGUAACUUACAGCUAACAAGCCAAAGCGUUACAAAUAUUAAUUAAUAUAUAUUAACAUUACAAUGAUUUAAGACUAACAAAACUUCGUAACUUAAGAACUAUCCACAGUCUUAUCCACAGCGAUAAAAUCAUAAUUGAAAUAUGCACUCACAAUCUGAAAUACGCUUGACCCGCGCCAAGUGAAAGCCAUUCAGAACGUAAUCGACUGUUAGUUGCAGUUAAUGGCGUGCGUGCGAGCGCGAUCGCUGCCGAUCGGCGCUUCGCGGAACACGAGCUAUUAACACUGUUGACGUACCUACGAUACGUAUGUGCCCUGAACUCUAAUGUGCGUCAACAAACGUCGCGUCAUUACCUUCUGUUCAGUACCUCUAGUGUAACUUCCAUUCGAUAGCGUAACGUAACUUUCGCGUUUAGGUUAAGUCUCAUUUUGUAUGGGAUUUAGAACAGCGCGCCAAGCGGGACGUUUUGGAAAGUCAAAAAUCUCAUACAAAAUGACACUUAACGCAAACGCGUACGUCACGUUUCGCUGUCGAAAAUAUUUACACUAGGGGUACUGUUAUUGAUUGUAAUAGAAAGGUAAAGUUAAGUACGGAAAAGAAAAAUCAUUAACUACUCCGUGGGCUCGACUAACACGAUAGACUAAGUUAAAAGUAAAGUUUACUGAAAUCGGUCUUGUUUUAGAGUUAAUGACAAUUCUUGUGAUAAAUAAAACUACUUAUUCAUUGUAAUGUAUUUUUUUUUCUCAAGAUGUAAAAAUCAGACACACGCGCAGAAAACACAUACACACGCAGAAAAAAAAAAUCUUAUUUAUUUAAAUUUAUAUCGAUUGAGACUAUAAACACAUCGUGACUCAAAAUAAAGACCUUUCAUGUUCCACGAGUCUUCCAACACACGUGUUGAGAGCGGCGCCGGGGGCUGGCUGAGCUCACACCUGCCCUACUUAAUGCUGAAUGAAGACGGACUGCUUAAUAAAUAGUUAUGUAAUAGGUACUUACUUUGCAUCAAUAGUAUAGUCCGUGUCAUCCACGAUGACGCGCAGAUUUGUCAAAUCUAACCUAUAAUAACAUGACAACACGAGUGAAGGCAGGCGUCUUCGUCCAUGAUCUAUAGCGGACGAAACAACGCGCCAAAAGUAUCUUAUCAGUUAUUAGACAAUGGUAGAUACUUUUGACGCGUAGUCAGAUCCGCUACUUUUGAUACUUCGCACGGAGACCGAUUAACACACAAAUUUUCAAUUUUACAUCAUAGUGACAUCAUUUUUCCAUUCAAAAAAUGCUCAUACCACAAUACCCGUAAUAUGGAAGAGCGAUGGCGGAGUUUCCUCGGUGAGACAAAGGUGCCGGCGACCCCACGCUGUUUGCUGUUUACCCUGCGCUGCGACCCAUCUGCCGAGCCGACAGACACGUACAUUGCAUAAGAAGGUAGGCCAAAUAGACACCUCAGGGGCAUCAAACAUAUUCGUAAGAAACCUACUGUACAGCUAAUUUGGCUUCUCUUUUUUCCAUGAGCCGUGGAAAAAAUGUUCGACUGUGUGAAAAAUAGAAAAGCCGCUGGGAUUCGAAUUUUAUAGAUGUUCCGCCAUUCACAUCCUUAUAUUUUUCCAGUUAGUAUUCUUAAUCCCCGGCCUGAAUAUUUAAUUUUAAUUUAAUUAAAUCGUGAAUCUAGAGCCACACAAAUUACAAAUUUUACUUUUUGUUAAACAAAAAACCAACACGAACAAGCUAACUCGAAAGUACACGAAUAAUAUUUGAACGAUGUCGUUUUAUUUAUCCUGCAAAUAAUAAUAAUUCAGCCUAUAUACGUCCCACUGCUGGGCACAGGCCUCCUCUCAUGUGCGAGAGGGCUCGGGCUAUAGUCCCCGCGCUAGCCCAAUGCUGAUUGGGGAUUUCACAUACCUACACCUUUGAAUUUCUUCGCAGAUUUAUCCAGGUACAUGCUACAUCAUACAUACAUCAUUCUAAUGUAACGCACACUGGCGGUCGACUGGCCUGUAUGUUCUGUUACCGCCGCCGGUUGCGUAGCGCUGCUACGCCGUAGACCCGCUACGUGCUUCUUAAUUCAGAAUUAUAUUGUACUUAUUAAGUUGCACUGGUCAGCAAAUGUGCCAUUAUUUCAAUGUUAUUCUUGUCUGACACGUAAGCUAACAUCUAAACAAAUACCUGAGUAAAAAGAAGCCGCAAGCCACCUGCAGUCUCACUAGCAAUUCACAGACAUUAUGCAUUUAUAAGUGCAAAAUUUACGACCAAUGCUAGAUUAAAAACAAUUAUAAGUAAGUAUAGCCUCUAGUCUAGCCGUGACUGUAUGGCCAUCAGUUGUAAAACUAGCUUUAACUCUGUAUCUUUAUUACUUCCAUAUUAUUCACCCAUUAGCCCCCCUAGUUGAUUGAAGUUUGGAAUAUUUUAGCUAGUUUUAUGUUUAUUCCAGGCUGUAAAAAGAAAUUGUACAUUAGUCAAAUAUGUGUUCUAGUUUCGUUUAUUUUUGAAUGGUUGAAGAACAUAUCCUAAUUCCAAAUAUCUAAACAUUCAAACAUCUACGCAUAUAUCAAAAUUAAACUGCUAGACCAGUUUACUUUUGCGUUCUUAGUUUGUUACUUUGUUAUACUACUUUUGCUCGGUUUCGUGAACUGCCUUUACCCACCACCACCAUUAACCCGAACUACAAACUAUUUACUUUUAAAAAGUUCCACCUUAAGGCGAGGUUUUGUUUGGCCCAAUUUCCACCCACGUCAGUGCAAGGAUCGAGUUAGGAAGUGAGGGUGGUACAACCUUAACGAAGAUAAACAAACUUGGAAACUAUUUAACACUUGUAGUUCAGGACACGAAUAGCAGAAAUCAUCAUCAUGAUCUGACCGUAUAGAUACCUACUUUUGUUGCGUAGUUAAUUCUUUUUUCACGUCUCUUAAAUAAUUGUGAGUCUCUCGACGCCCUGCGUCCACAGCGCAGCGAGCGGCAAACACGCCGCAGUGAACUGCAUUCAACCGGUCGAACUGCAUCGGAGCGGCGCGCCGUAAAGAGGAUUCCGCUGCUGUCCCUCGAUAUGGCUGGCGCUUGCACUAUUUUAACAAGAUUUCUAAAUAGCUUGACAUUCUCAGGUAAAAGUUACAGUCAACCAAAUUAAUGCACUUUGUCACAGUGACAAUAAUUAUGUCUAACAGCUUCAUUCUUUGCGAUUUAUUGUUUACAUGCUGUAGUAGCGCCACCUAGCGUUAGCCUUGCACGGGUUUUUAGAGGGUCUUUUUUUUUUUUUUUUUUUUGUCUUACCCCCACUACUAAACCAACACUCCUGAACGGUCCGGUCGCCGCUCUCGAGUCAUUAUGCGUUUCCGUGCUCAAGCCUUCGCACGUCUCCUGGACUUUAGAAUUUAAAUCGUUAUAAGAACAUUGUAGGCGCCCACGCUUGAAGCAUGCCUAAGAGGAAAUAUAAAACUGAAGACGAAAUUCGUCGCAAGAUUCUAAAGUUACAAGAAAAGCUGGCAAGAAGGACUAACGAACAGGAACAUUACUGUGCAUCCGAAGAAAAUUUUAACGGUAAGUUUUUGAAAAUACCCUAUUUUGGGAAUAUGCCAAUAUUUGAUGCGAGGAUACCGCACCUGGGUUACCUCUGUCAAUGUAUAGUGAUGCGUACUGCUAAAUCUGGGCUGUUACUAACUCAAAACUGCAUGACUGAAAUGAAAAGACUGUGCCACAGGUCUAUUAUAGUGCCUAGCGAAGAUGUGCCGUAUUCGGAAACACCUUACACUGAGUUGUUACCGUAUUAUUGCCAACCUGAAUGGGACACAUCCGAGGCACAAUCGCCACAGCCGACAGCGCCCUGUCUGUCGACGGCGCACUCAGCUACGUCACGACAGCCGUCACCGCAUUCCGCCGAGGUGGACAACCAGCCGCAGCCCGUCUUACAGUUGUCGCCGCAACCUGUCUCACAGUUACCACCGCAACCUGCCUUGCCGUUGCCACAAAAUCCAGGUACAUCAGGUGAAAAUCAACCAGAUGAUUUGCAACUUGAUGACGAUAUUCUUCAGUUACUAGGCGAUGCCCCAAGGGAAGAAACCCCUAUGGGACCGCAUAUUCAUAAAGAUAUCGCCAGUCGAUGGCAAAAUAUUCUUGCCAAAGGCCUCACAAAGGAACUAAAGGAAAGUCUAACUAAAGAAUAUCUGAUUCCUAAUAAUUGUGACCUUUUGUUGGCCCCGACUCUCAACCCGGAAGUUAGGGUGGCUUUACAUGACCCCCUGGUAAAAAGAGACACGUCACUACUGUACAAGCAAAAACAACUGGGUAUCGCCUUGUCCGCUUUAGCUGCAGUAACUGAGAUGGUCCUUGCAAACGAGACUUCUAAACAAAAACUAUUGAAACCUCUCAGUGAUGCUUGCCGCAUUCUCUGCGACAGCCAUUUUACAGAGACUAGAACCCGCAGGGGUUUCAUUAUAUCGUCUAUUAACGCAAAAUUAAAACAGACUCUGAUCGACUCCAAUAGGGAUAAGCUGUUGUUUGGAGAAAAUGUUUCGGAAAAAUUGAAGGCAGCAAAAACUAUUCAGCAGUCUGGCGAAGCAUUAAAGAAUAAUCCCCCUAAACCCAGAUAUAAUCGUCCGAAUAUUCAGUCAACAAUUGCAAAUAGGGGUAAUUUAAACUUCGUGCCCCAACACCGCAAGACGGACACGAAGACCAACAACCGUCGAGCCCCUGCUUACUCGCAGAGGCAGAUGUCGCACAACAACAGUACGCGACGCCACAACGAUCGCGAUCGCGACCGCGCACCGACGACAUCGAGGACAGCGGGAGGACAUCACCGGAAGUAGUUGAUCAGAACUCAACACAACUUACACCGCAGCCUGAAGUUAGUUGCCGCGAAGCUUUCAGGCAAACUCUUUUGAAAAAAUCCUUGUCGAAUAGUACGGUGGAAAUCAUGUUAUCGUCGUUGUCCGACUCUACAUAUAAACAAUACGACAGUUGUAUCAAAACAUGGAUAUCAUAUUGUAAUACUCAUAAUUAUCAAUAUGAUUCCGUUUCGGUCCCGAUUGUCUUAAAUUUUCUCACAGAUAUAUUUAAUAAGGGUGCUAAAUAUGGUACCAUAAACUCUUAUAAAUCAGCACUAUCCCUUUUACUGGGUAAUUUAGAUGAUGAUAGGGUAAAACGUUUUAUGAAAGGGAUUUUCAAAUUACGCCCUACAAAUCCAAAAUACAAUUUAACUUGGAAUCCAAGCAUUGUGUUAGACUACUUAGCACAGAAAUUUCCUAAUUUAGAUCUUGAUUUAGAAACUCAUUCAAAAAGACUGCAACAUUAUUGGCUUUAGUAACUGCACACCGAAUACAAACACUUGCUUUAAUUAAAUUAAACAAUAUUAAAAUAUAUUUUUCCCAAGAAAUUAUGAUUACGAUACCUGAUCUAAUAAAAACUUCGAAACCCAAUUUAGCACAGCCAGUUCUGAGGUUACCUUAUUUUGACGACCGACCUGAAAUAUGCCCAGCUAGAUGCUUAGAAUCCUACAUAAAUAAAACCAAAAUGUUUCGAAAGGAUGAUUAUUUAUUUUUAAGUUACAAAAAACCUCAUUUGAAGGUUACCUCUCAAACCGUAGGUAAAUGGAUUAAAGAUGUGCUCUCUAAAAGUGGAAUAGAUACAACCAUUUUUAGUGCGCAUAGUACUCGACACGCAGCGACGUCUGCAGCCAAUAGAUCUGGGAUCAGUAUAGAUGUCAUAAGGAAAACUGCAGGCUGGACAGAUUCCUCCUCAGUUUUCGCUAGAUUUUACAAUAGGCCAAUUAGUGCCAAUCCCAAUGAUUUUGCAAAUGUAAUCCUCUCUUCCAAUAGUAAUCUGUAAAUAAUAAAAAAAUAAAAAAAAAUAAAAAACAAAUUUACUUACACGUAUACCUAUAUAAUAUGGUUAUAAUGUUAAAGAUGUAAUGUUGACAUAGAUGAGGUUAAAGGUACAAUGUUUUAUUCGUUCAUUCUGAAAUAUUACAAUAUACUUACCGAUAAGCUAUGUGAUGAGUAUGUACUUAUAAUUAUUCAUAUAAUAAAUGUGAUUGACUACUAAUGAUUGUUUACUUCUUUAUUUGUUUACUCACCUAUAAUGGUGUAUCUGAAUUUCACAUUUUAUUUUGUGCUCUGAACAUCUACAGCAUGUAAACAAUAAAUCGCAAAGAAUGAAGCUGUU